UAUAGAAGAAGGUACCCAGACUGAAAACCUGAGCUUCAUGGCCAACAAUAGUGUGGCAUCUUCGCCCUCUUUGGAUGAUGGAGAGGAAUGCUAUUCAUACAAUCCAACUGGAUUCCCAACCAGCAAUAUCUCAGAUUAUGACUUCUCUAUCCUCCACUGUUCUUCAGAAUGCAAAGUGACCAUUAGUUUUGCUUGUCUUAUCUGUAGUUUAGGGUUAGUGGGGAAUGGCAUGGUCAUCUGGCUUCUUGGAUUCUGCAUGAAGAGAAAUCCUUUCACGACAUUUAUCUUGAAUUUGGCAGUUGCUGACUUUGGGGUCCUCGUAUGCAUAGUCAUUAAUUCUGUUUUUUAUAUUAUAUAUUUAUUUUCUAACAGAAAUCAAUUUUUAUUUCAUUUUUCUUUGUGGGCAAGAUUGUUAUAUAUGCUCUUUUUCUUCAUGCACCUCACUGGGCAAUUUCUAUUGACAGCCAUCAGUAUUGAUAGGUGUAUGUCUGUCCUCUUUCCAGUUUGGCAUAGAUGCCACCGUCCAACCUAUCUUUCUGCAUCUGUUUCUGCCCUAUUAUGGGCCACUUCCUUCUUGUUCUGUCUAAUUCUAUUCACUGCCCCUCCAAAUACUAUAACAGCCAUAAUGCUUACUGUGACUCCCUUGCCUUGCCUCCCAUUCAUGGUUGUCUCUUCUAUGAUCAUCUUCAUCAAAGUUUGCUUUAAGUCACCAAAACACAAACGGGGGAAGGCCUUAAUUGCCAUCUUGCUUACUCUCAUCUUCUUCCUCAUAUUUGCUUUUCCAUUGACUACUUCUUUUUUCAUUUUUAGCUUUUUUAUUUGUUUUGUAAAAUAUCACAAUGUAAUCCAAUAUAUUUUUCUAGGGGCCUCCCUAAACAGCAGUGUUAACCCCCUCAUUUAUUUCCUGGUGGGGAAUAAAAAGAGAGUUUCAAGAAGAGAGAAAAUGAGAAAUAUCCUUCAAAGGCUUUUCAAAGAGGAAGAAGGACAUGGGCCAGAAAUUGAAUACCAAGUUUAAAGAGUUAUUCAAUAAGCUCAUAACAUACCCUGAAAUCCACACUAUCUUUGUUAGUGUGGUGGAUAGUGCAGUCUGGGCUUCAGUCCAAUCUUUAAAGGAUAGGUUGGAGGAGUGGCAACUACAGUAUAGACUAAUGCAUAAGCUGACCUCAUAGAUAUAUGCCAAGGGCAGAUUUAGGGAUCAAUAAUGGAUUUUGAAAGGACCCAUAGAUAAAUUGAAGAUCAUUCCACCUCUGG